AUGCAGCUACUGCUGUUAACAUCAGGUGAUGUGGAGUUAAACCCUGGACCCCGCUCAGACUCGGAGUCUGUACGCAUGCACCGAAUUGGCAGGAAAACACAAAAUCGAGAGAGGCCAGUAAUUCUUAAGCUGUACAAUUUCUCUGAAAAAAUGUUAGUCCUUCGUAAUUGCGGCAAACUGAAGGGAACAGCGAUAUCGAUAUCCGAAGACUUUUCCGCACGAGUUCAGGACCUGCGCAAAAAACUAUGGCAAUCAGCAAAGGAAGAUCGGGACAAUGGUGCUAAGGUCACUCUUGUAUUCGAUAAACUAAAGAUAGAUGACGACUUGUACAAAUGGAAUGAAGCAAAAAAUGCAAGAGUUUCCCUGAGAAGGGCUCGUCACGAUGGUCGCGCGAAAAGCAACGCGUGA